AUGAAGAAGAUUAAUAGAGAAGCACUUAUCACAAUUCUGGCAGCAUCGCCUUUCCUAUUUAUCAUAUUGGUCCACAUAAAGGAAGUUCAAGGUCAAAAGGAAACGAUUGAAUGGAAAACCGAUGAGAUGGUAGAUUCCAGGAGCACCAUUGUCAGCCUGAUUCCAUUAGCAACAGUAAAUCCUACAAUACAAACUAUGUUUAGCAACGAAACUUGCUCCAGCGAGCCGAAUUAUUCAUUACCAGUGACAAUCAUCGUCUGCAUCAUUCUUCUCCUUAUUGUGAUGGUAACUGCGGGAGGUAACUUUCUUGUAAUUCUGGCUGUAUUUCUUGUCAAAAAGCUGCAGACGCCGAGCAAUCUACUCAUCGUCAGCUUGGCAUUCAGUGACUUCUUUGUCGCGCUCCUUGUGCUUCCCUUCGGUAUAAUUACAGUGCUUUGCAAAGAGUGGCCUUUCAACGAAGGAGUUUGUGACAUGUACAUCUCUUUUGACGUUCUUCUUUGUACUUCAUCAAUCUUAAAUUUAUGUGCCAUUUCUAUAGAUCGUUAUCUUGUCAUCGCUAGGCCCCUACAGUACGCUACAAAACGAACACCUUGCAGAAUGGCUGUGAUGAUUGCUAUUGCCUGGAUUGCUUCUGCUUUGAUAUGUAUCCCUCCCAAUUUCGGGUGGAAAACACCCAUUGGGGCUUGUGUUUGUAGUUAUAGUGAAGACAUUUGGUAUCAAAUCUAUGCAACAUUUGGAGCAUUUUAUUUGCCACUUUUUGUGAUGCUCGUGCUCUAUGGUCGUAUCUUCAAGCUUGCCAGAGAGAUGUCGAAGGCGGAUGCCAGACAAAAGGUGCGUAGGGGGUCUUCAGGAGCUACUGGCAUCGAAUCAGAAGCGAUAUCUGAAGUAGUGAUGCCUCCAACAAACGGACCAGAGUCCAGGCAUCAGAUUUUACCUUCACGAGCUUCGAUCAAGGCUGGUUCUCGGUUGCCUAAUGAAUUGGCCAAUUUGGAGCCCGCUGUUGCCUUCCAAAGUCAUAGCAUAGACUCAGAAAAUGCCAGACGUCUCCUAUCGAACGGAGGAAUUGCAGGCAAUAAACCAGUUUACGGUAGCUCAACAACAUUCAGAGCCGAGAAAGGCCCCUCCCUAGUAAUGCUGUUGGCUGAGCAGACAGGACCCAUUAAUGAUAUGGAUGAAGAGUUAACCGGUGAGCGUAACUACGGGGUAGAAAAAGAAUGGAGUGAAGGCCAUCCAUCACCUAAAAAUGCUGCUUUGUGUUCGACCUCAGAGGAAGUCUGUGAUGAUAUCGUUACUGGUGUUGACACAUUCAGAGGAAACACUAUGCUCCCCUUUACUAAUUUAACAUCAUCUCAGUCUCCUCAGUGCUUGCGAAUGGUGAGUCCGCAGAGACAAACCAGUCUUCUGAGCCGAGGAUUUGCAGGCAGCCCAGGAAGAAAGCACUCUUCUAACGUCUCAAAGCGGAUGCGCAAUAAUUCCGACACCAAGGCAAUAAAAACGCUUGGCAUUAUUAUGGGUUGUUUCUGCCUCUGCUGGCUGCCGUUUUUCAUUUUUCAGGUAUGUAGUCAUUCCGGAAUAGAAAAAUACUGA